GGACGGAGCUCCCAUCACCAAACAACAAAAGAAUAUAAGCUAUUGCAGGUGUUUCAAUUUUAUUAAAAUUCACAAAGAUAAUAAGUAAUAUAGCUUAAUUUGUCUGUGAAGGAACGAGUAUUAGUCAAAAUGGCGCAAAUGGACAUAGAAUUGAAGAAGGCCUUUACCGAGAUGCAGAUCAACAAACUGGAAACCACCAAAAAGAUUAACAUGAUCGACAUGAAGUGCGAUAUGGUUAAGACGGGCAAGCAGAAGUACCAGCUUACAGAAAAGGGCACCAGCAGCCUAUCUGCUGACACAAGAGUUUACCAGUCCGUGGGUCGCAUGUUCCUGUUGACCGAUGUGGACAAUAUGCGAGAGGAUCUGAAGGCCAAACAGGAGAAAUGCGACAAGGCGAUAGAGCUGUUGGAGAAGAAGAAAGAGUUCCUGCAGAAGUCGCUCAAGGAUCAGGAAGACGGCCUGCGCGAGCUGGUGCAGCAGCGCUUGGUCGCAAAAUAGACACCAAGCUGGAAUUUAUCCCUCAACGCAAUUGCUUAUUUAUUUUCAAUAUACUCGUCUAAAUUGAA